AUGGAUGAUACCUGGGAUAUACCCGAGAAUGGUCAAACAGACGUUGAUGAGCAGGUCGGCGCCACAUCCGCGUUCGAGAAAGACCCCGAGCGGAGGCAGGAGGACGGCAAAGAUGAUUUUGCAGACGUCUCUGGAUUGGGAUUAGUAUAUGAUGAUGGUAAUUAUAUUGAUUUCCUGUUUGAAGAAUGGGUGCUUGGCGAAGAAGAAGAGCUGUUUAAUGAUCAAUCAAUCGACAGUGGUAAAUGGUUGGGAGAGUACGAAGAGGAGGGAAGGGGAGAGAAAGCGGGAAAAGAUAAAUAA